GUCCUGGCCCGGCCGGGCCGGAACAGGGGCGGCGGCGGCGGCGGCGGCAGGCCCGGCGCCGGGAUGGCGAUGUUCCGCAGCCUGGUGGCUUCGGCUCAGCAGCGGCAGCCGCCGGGCGGGCCGGCGGGCGGCGACAGCGGCCUGGAGGCGCAGUACAGCUGCCCGAUCUGCCUGGAGGUGUACCACCGGCCUGUGGCCAUCGGCAGCUGCGGCCACACGUUCUGCGGGGAGUGCCUCCAGCCCUGCCUCCAGGUACCGUCCCCCCUCUGCCCGCUGUGCCGCCUGCCCUUCGACCCCAAGAAGGUGGACAAGGCCGCCCAUGUGGAGAAGCAGCUCUCGUCCUACAAGGCGCCCUGCAGGGGCUGCAACAAGAAGGUGACAUUGGCCAAGAUGAGGGUGCACGUUUCCUCCUGCAUGAAGGUCCAGGAGCAAAUGGCCAACUGUCCCAAGUUCGUCCCCGUGGUGCCCACGUCUCAGCCCAUCCCCAGCGCCGUCCCCAACAGGUCCACCUUCACCUGCCCCUACUGUGGCGCCCGCAACCUGGACCAGCAGGAGCUGCUCAAGCACUGUGUGGACAACCACCGCAGCGACCCCAACCGCGUGGUGAGCCGCCGGCCCGGGGGACGUGGGGGGGGGGGGGGGGAGGGGGGAGGGGCCGGCUCCCCCGAGCAGCGGAGCGCUGCUUCAGCCCGCACCCCGUGUUGCAGGUGUGCCCCAUCUGCUCGGCGAUGCCCUGGGGGGACCCCAGCUACAAGAGCGCCAACUUCCUGCAGCACCUGCUGCACCGACACAAGUUCUCCUACGACACCUUUGUGGAUUACAGCAUCGACGAGGAAGCUGCCUUCCAGGCUGCCCUGGCCCUGUCUCUGUCCGAGAACUGAAGGCACAGCCCAGCCCCUGGACCUGAGCCCUCCCGCCUCAGGGCACGGGGCCGCGGCUGAGGGGGACAGGCCCAGCGCCUGCGUGGAAAUGCGCCUGUGGGACGAGCGGAGCCUCCUGUGUUGCAGGACAGACGUCCCCGAGCCCGCCAGGGGCCCCACCGUCGGAGGGUGGCCACCAGUGCGCCUGGCCGAGCCUUGCUGGUUCCUCGGUGCUUUGGGCUGAGCAGGCGGCCCGCACGGGGCUGGCUCGUUGGGCCCGCGAGCGGUGGGCGGCCGGUCCGCCUCAAAGCCAUGCUGUCCUCCUCUCGGGCACAGAGACCCACUGUGCCCCAUCGGCGUCCCGCAGGCCUGGCUGCUGAGCAGGGGGCGCAGGGGAGCCUGGCCACCGCCUCCCAGCGCUUCCAGUUCGCGCACUCGGUACUGGCUUUUGUGAUACUUAGAAAUUCUGGCAUUUUUCUAUAUUAUCCAGUGUGAUAAUCUUUUCACAUUUUAUAGAGCAAAGACCGAGCAGUUACUCUUCAUAUUGCAAUACCCGUGUUUGACUAGGAACAAUAGUAUUUUUAUGGAACAUUUACAAAAUUAUAUUUUUAAAAAAAAAAAAGUCAAAAAGCAACAGUUGUGGGAUCAGCGAGGGGGAAGGAAAGAGAGGCGUGGACGCCAGAGGCCGCGCGCGCCCUGGGGCUUUGCUCAGACAGAUCCUGGCGCUGCUCUGCUGGGUCCCCCUUCCCAACUGCCAGGAAGAACCCCCAGGGCCCCUGGCCCCUCGCAGCGGCCGCCCCAGCAGUGCAGGCCUCCUCCCGCCAGGGCCCUGGCCCCCGCCCCGCUGUCCCAUUCCCAGGUGGACCCCGAACUGUGUUGGUAGGCCACCCCCGGGGUGACGGGUGGGGUUGGAAGGCGCCGUCUUACUCUUUCGGUUCACGGCAUAAAUUAUUGCUCUUUUAAAAAAAACUUCAAUAAAACAUUUCGAAGCAUCUAUAGCAACCUUGACCGCUAGGUUUCAUCUGGGAGGGUGAAAGGCAGGUGGGGGCUGGGGUGCAGCUGUGACCUCCCUUUGCUUGAGGUCUGCAGCUGUGUGUCUGUCCCUAGGCAGCUCGAGCACUUGG